AUUACAAGGAAACUAACCUGAUUUACACUAGCUCAUAAACAUGAUAUUGGAUAUUCGAACCGAGGGAAAUUCAACUAAUUUGCGCUAAGUUGCAAAUAUCUAUGAGGCAGACUGGUGGAAGGCGAGUCUUUAUCUGUUGAUAUCUACCGAUUUCAAGUUAACAUUAUGAAGGGAUGUCCACACUUGAAAUAAGAAUAAUCUUAAAAACUCCCCAGUGCGCAUUGAGGAGUUCUUAAGAUUAGAGUAGCUAGCGCUAGCUACUAUUUUUUCGGGUGCACUGCAGAAAGUAAAGCAGUUUUCUUCAGUCUCCCCUAAAGUAUCUGCAGUGUGCCUGAAAUCACUGUCGGCUGGAUAUAGUAUCAGAAAAGUUUGUAAUUGUUUUGAAUGGCACAUUUUUAUAUUGAUGAAACGGAUGAAUUAUCCCUUUUAUGGUUCCACCACAACUUAACUGGAUUAGAAGCUGAGAAACUGUUAACCCUAAAAGGUGUUAGUGGUAGCUUUCUUGCUCGUCCUAGUCAUAGCACACCGGGAAGCUUCACACUUUCAGUUCGUCGAGGUGAUGAAGUUACACACAUCCGUAUACAGAACACAGAAGAAUUUCUAGACUUGUAUGGUGGAGAAAAGUUUGCCACAUUGUCGGAGUUAGUUACAUACUAUAUGGAGAAUGAGGGUCAACUCAGAGAGAAAAAUGGUGAUAUUAUUGAACUCAAGUAUCCACUCAUUUCUGAGGACCCUACUACAGAACGUUGGUUUCACGGAAAAAUUACAGGGAAAGAAGCUGAGAAAAUGCUUUUAGAACGAGGGAAGCCAGAUUGCUUUUUGGUUCGUGAAUCUGUUCACAGACCAGGGUCUUAUGUCCUGUCAGUUUUGACAGGAGAACAAGUGGCACAUAUUAUGAUACAUGGGAAGCCAAAUGGAAUGUAUGAUGUUGGUGGAGGACAUCAGUUUUCCUCUUUAAAGGAGUUAAUCGACUUUUACACAAACACACCCAUGGUCGAGAAAAAUGGAGGACUAGUUUCACUGAAACAGCCUUUCAAUGCUACUCGAUUCAACGUUUCCACCAUUGAUCAGCGCAUGCGUCAGUUAGAACAAGAAAAUGGUCAUGGUUCAGGUUUGGCUGGAUUUUUGGAGGAAUUCGAAGAGCUGCAUCAGGAGGCUCAUUUAAAAAAUAAUCCACGCGUCGAAGGAUACCAGUCUUAUAACCGUGACAAGAAUCGUUAUAAACAUAUUCUUCCAUUUGAUUGGUCUCAAGUCAAACUCCUUGAUGGUGAUCCGAAUGAACCAGGUUCUGAUUACAUCAAUGCUAAUUAUAUUUCUUGGCCUGUUCACCUAACCGAAUCUCUGUCUAAUGGAAACUGUCCUUUCGGCGGUAGUUUGAAUAUAAAGUAUCAGUCGAACUCUCCGGUUUUUGAUCUAAAUAACAAUAUGCAUUGUACUAGUGCAGUCACUAGUUCGUCUGUUCCUCAUCCGACCCCGAAUAAUUGUGCUGCUUUCUUCUUCAACGGAAAGCCACGUUACAUAGCCACGCAAGGAGCGGUUGCUAAUUCACAGGAUGCGUUUUGGCGUAUGAUAUGGCAAGAAAAAAGCUCUGUCAUAGUUAUGAUUACGAAGAUAAUGGAGCGUGGCAGAAAUAAAUGCAUCCGUUAUUGGCCAACUGCAGAGGAAGGUACACGUGAAUUUCCAAGUUACGGAGGUACAAUUCGUGUUCGACAUCUAUCUGAAAGAAAUUCCGUUAAUUACACACUACGAGAACUUUAUCUAACCAGAGAGUCUACUACAACGAAUAAAAAAUCAGAGAACACUGUUAAUCAGACUUAUGCUUCUGCUGCUGGUAAACCUACUGGUCCUAGUACUAUAUGUGACACUUUAUGUGACCAGAAUGGUUGUGAAUCGGACAGUACAAAAAUGCAUCAUUUGGACAGCACAACAGCAACGAAUGUAAAUUCUGAUUUUGGUUCUAAUCAAGCAAAUACAGAAGAUGGAUUCACAGUUUAUCAUUAUCAUUUCACUGUAUGGCCUGAUCAUGGGACUCCAAGUGAUCCUUCUUGUGUGUUAGAUUUUAUGCACGAUAUAUCUGCUCGACAGGACAGUAUUCCUGGCUCUGGACCAAUUGUUGUACACUGUAGCGCUGGUAUUGGACGCACUGGAGCAUUCAUUGUAAUUGACAUGCUUAUCAAUUACAUCAAAACGAUGGGGCUUAAUUGUGAUAUAGAUAUAUCUCGUACAAUACAAGCUGUUCGGGAACAACGUUCUGGAAUGGUUCAAACCGAAACACAAUACAGGUUUAUCUACAAAGCUGUUCAACAGUAUGUGAACACUAUGUCCAAACGUAUACAAAUGGAUAAUGAUCUUCGUCGUACUGGAAGGGAUUACACAAAUAUUAAUCGUGCUGCAGAUGAUAUUGGUGUUAUUGGAACAGCAGCUGUUUCUCUUUUUCCAUCAAUUUGCUCAUCAUCUGGAAGCAGUUCUGAACAGCAAUCCACAGCACCGAAUCUGAAUUCUUCCACAAAUGCUAACGCAUCGUCAGUUCCCACUUCCAAUAGACCAUGUAGUUGCCCUAUUCAUUCAUGUUCUCAGCGAAGACAAAUAUCAAAUCAAAAUAUACCUCAGAGUUCUAAUCAUCCUUCAAACUGUUCUCAGACUGUUACUUCAUCUGCCACAUUGCCGUGUACACCUCCAGCUGUAUCUGUUUCCUCCCGUACCUCAGAAUCUAUAACAAGUGGCUUUUUCCAUCGCUUAGCUGGACCUAGUCGUUCCCGCACAAAGUUUUAAUACUUUAAAAUAUGAUCAUCCAUAAGUGAUUUGUAUAAAGAAAUACCGAUAGUUUCUAAGGUGAUUUUUUUUACUUUUACCUGUUCAAUGCACAAUAAUCUUGAAACUCUUUUCAUUUCUGCUUUAUGUACAAAAUAUUAUGGAAAUAUGAUAAGUUUGAAUUUAGCUUACAGUUAAUUAGUAGUUUGUUGUAUUUAACUAAUUGUGUAUAUUACUUAAUAUCAUCGUUUGUUUUUCUAUCUUUGUGUUGUUGUUGUUGUUGUCUGCCUCGUCCUCUUCUCCUCUCAGAAUUCAUGCAGUCUUGUCUUCUUCACUGUAUUGUUGUGUUAGCUAGUGUUACUUCUUUGUGAUUCAAGGAUUCAGGAUAUAAAAAAAAAGAAUAACCUCUAUUGUAAAUGAUUUUGUUUUUUUGAUUGUUUUGUAUAUCGAAGACUUGUGUCAAUUGCCAUUUCUUACCUUUUUCCAUCGAGAGAUUUGUUGUAUUAUGUGAUUAUGCAGAGAUUGUCUGAAUUUCUACUUGUGAAUGAAUGAAUGAAUUAGCUAUUGAAAUUAGUGUACAGUUAUGUUUUGUUUUGUUAUUAUAUAGAAUAUAGGAAAUACUUUUUCACAAUUGAUAUAUCUCUGUACAGAUAUAUAGAUAUAGACAUAUGUAUUUAAAUGCUUCAAAAAUGAUUAUACUUCAUUGUAUUUUAUUUAUUACUCUCUAUCUUUUCCAGAAGUUAAAUGUGAUUAUUGCCUUUUUAUUUUAUUUGGUAGUUUUUUCUUGUUGUUUUUGUUUCUUUGUUUUUGCCUCGUAAAUUUUCGAUAUCACUUUAUAUUUAUUUACUUAUUUGCUUGACCGCCAACCAGCCAGUCAGUCUAGCUCUCUCCUAUCUUUCGGUUACCAGAAAUGAUUUAAUUUAGACAAUAUUGAAUUAAUUGUUUACUUUAUCUUGCACUAACUUUAGCACACAUAUAUAUAGAGAGAAAGAGUAUAAAGCAAUGUGAUAAUUAAAUUGCUUAUAUUUCUUUCUUUUUUUGUAUGUUAUGAAUUAUUUCCACUAAUGUGAUUUUAUAAAACACAGGAUAUCUUGUGUUCUUAAUGAAUAAUUUUAUCUUUUUUUUCAAUAUGGAAAACUAGAGGUUGAGUAGUUUACAAGGUUUAUCUGUGUAAAAGGGAUGAUCACUGAAUCGAUUUCGGGAUAGGGGGAAGUGAGAUUCACG